AAAUCAUUAUAGUUUUUCAUUAAAAUUAAAUUCUAAUAUAAAUUGACAUUGACAAUGUAUUCCUGGAAACUUAGAGGAGGGAUUGCUUCCCAAACCCAAGGACUUAUUGCAAGCAGCCCAAAUUGCUCAACUUGCACACAGGGGCGGACUGACCAUUUGAUCACUAGGGCACUGCCCGAGGGCCCGGGGUCAGUAGGGGGCCCCAUGAAAUGCCCCUGGAAACCUUUUAUAGGCUUUUUUGGUGUGGGCAAGGACACCGGGGCCCCAUGAUCCCCAAUUGCCCGGGGGCCCCAUGAGUUGUCAGUCCGCUCCUGUUUCGGGAUCAU